CGACCAAUCAGCGGUGUCGGUACUGCAUCCUACAGGGCCGCGGAGUUCGCGGGAACCGGCUGCGGACGGGCUUUAACAAAUUAGACUCAGAAUUUGACUGCUGUCUUUGUUAUGAAACCUGUUUAUCAUCAAUUUGUCCGUUCUCGACUAAUACGGUUAAAAUCGGAGCAGUGACACGGCUUAAUACCGCUGUCCCGGCCCCGAAGCUAACACCUGACGCUAGCUAGCUAGCUGGAUUGUCACAUUGGCUAACAGGAACAUUGUGCUUCAUGCGACUGCACAGAGAAAAUACCGCUGAGUAGGAAGAGACAAAGGGCUGCCUCUGUCCGUCAAGAAAAAAAAGACGAGGUAACAUGAGUUUGUUCAAUUUGGACCGAUUUCGUUUCGAGAAGAAGGCAAAUAAUAAAGAAGAGGAGAACGGGUCUGAAAGUCCAGAGUCAGAAAAGGAGAACAAGCCAGCUAAGAUGAAACCUGUCAAAGCCUCAUCAAAGUCCCAUGCCCUAGGAGUGGUUUUUGAGGAAGUCCUAACUAUUGAUUUAGAGGAAGAUGAGGUCCUUUCUGAACCAAAGAGCAAAAUAUCAUCACCCAGGAAAUCCAAGAAACCUGUUGGGAAGACGUCUAAAAAUGUGGCAUCAGAUCAUACGGAUGAUGAGGAAAAAGAAAUGGAAGACAAAAUGAACAGGCUACUGGAGAUGUUUCCUCAGCUGUCCAGAACGGAGGUACUGGAGGUCAUUGAGAGCACGGGCACAUUGGAUGGAGCUGUAGCUGUCUGCCUUUUAAGAUUUGGUGAUAAAGAAGCCCCGAAUCAAGGCAGGAAGAGAAAGCAAGAUGGAUCCAGCAGCUCUCAGGACAGUGGUGAGAGUCAGCUGAGCAAGAAGAGGAGAUUAUCAGUGGUCUCUGAUGAAGGAGAAAAUGAAGAGAGUGAGCCCAGCUGGGAGAGGCAGGAAGCCAUGGUCAGAAAACUGCAAAAGAAGUUUCCUGACCAGGACAAGGAGGAGCUGCGGAUGGUGCUGCAGGAACACGACUGGAAUGUUGAAGAUGCACUGCAGGUUCUACAGAUGUUCUCAGACGAAGAUAAUGCAAGUUUCAGCUCACCUGAGUCGAAUGAAAAGGUCAGCGAAUCAAAGAGCAAAGACGAGUCAAGCAGGAACCGCGGAGAGUUAAGUCGCCACAAAAAUCACCAAAAUGGUGAAAAGAAGAUAAAUCACAAGGACUCUGAAAGCCACAAUGAUAUCAGUGAAACAGAAGACAGUACAGAUGAUUCAGAGGCUACAAAGGACAGUGAAGACGAGUCUGACUUGGAAGACGGCAAAAACAAAAGUCACAUUUCCACUCUGCCGUCAUGGAUUCCAAAAAAGUUUGAUUCUGUGUCUUCAUCCUCACCUGUCGCAAAGACAGCAACUUCUUCCUCCCUGAAGCCAUCCUCUUCUUCCUCUGUGGCCCAAACGCUGUCCAGAUUUGCCAGUGGGACAAGCAUAGCCAAGAAGGAGGCAGUGGAGAGGAAAAGGAAGGCCCGUGCCUCAAAUGAACGUGCCAGUUCUGAGGAGGAAAGUGACGGUGAGGACACAGUGAACAGCGAAUUCGAGGACUCAGACGAAGAGCUGGACUCUGGAGGUGGAAUGACAGAAUUGAAGAAGGAGAUACUCAAUUUCUUCCAGAACGCGUCAAUAGAUGAGCUGACAUUGAUUUCCGGGUGCUCCGUUAAAAAGGCCCAGAAGAUAGUGGAGCUGAGACCCUUUGAUAAGUGGCACAGCCUGACUGAAGUCUUUCAUAAGGACAAUGGACUUUCAGAAGGCCUGCUGCUGGGCUGCAGAGUCGUCCUCAAAGAGCGGAAGGUUGUGCUGGACCUCAUGUCUAAAUGUGAGACCAUUUCAUCAAAAAUGGUCAAAGAGGUGACUGAGGUGAUGGAGAAGGGCACCGGAGCCAUGAAACAACCCAGUGUACUCAACAGCCAAUUCCAGCUGAAACCCUACCAGCUGAUUGGUCUAAAAUGGCUGCUGCUUCUGCAUAAACACAAACUGAGUGGGAUCCUUGCUGAUGAAAUGGGUUUGGGGAAAACAAUCCAGGCUAUAGCAUUUCUGGCUCAGCUGUACCAGGAUGGAAUAGAAGGUCCUCACCUCAUCACUGUGCCUUCCUCUACUCUGGAUAACUGGGUCAGAGAACUGAAGCUGUGGUGUCCAGACCUCAAAGUUCUGGUCUAUUACGGCUCUGUGGAAGACCGCCGCUACCUCAGACACGAUAUCCUCAAUGAAGAUGUCGAGUUCAACGUCAUUGUGACCACGUAUAACUUGGCCAUAGGAAACGAUAGCGACCGCAGCCUUUUUCGUAAGCUGCGUCUCAAGUACGCUGUGUUUGAUGAAGGUCACAUGCUGAAGAACAUGAACACUCUGCGCUACCGCCACCUUAUGGCUAUUAAUGCAGAGCAUCGCUUGCUGUUGACAGGAACUCCUCUACAGAACAAUCUCUUGGAGCUGAUGUCUCUUUUAAACUUCAUCAUGCCUUCCAUGUUCUCCAGCUCCACCACACAGCUCUCCAAAAUGUUUUCCAUGAAAUCCCAUGAGGAGCAGAGCCGUUUUGAGAGGGAUCGUAUUUCUCAGGCCAAACUCAUCAUGAAGCCUUUUAUCCUCCGAAGAAUCAAGAGUGAGGUCCUCAAACAGCUGCCAGCAAAGGAAGAAAGGGUCGAGUUCUGCUCAAUGAGUGAGAAACAGCAGGUUCUGUACCAGGCCCUCCUUAAAAAACUCAAGACUUCCAUCAAUGGCGAGAAGCGCGAGUUGUGUAAUGUGAUGAUGCAGCUGAGGAAGAUGGCCAACCACCCGCUGCUUCACAGGCAGUACUACACCACAGAAAAGCUCAAAGCAAUGAGCAAGCUUAUGCUCAAGGAGCCAACACACUUUGAUGCAGAUGCUGCUCUGAUCCAAGAGGACAUGGAAGUGAUGUCAGACUUCGAGCUGCAUCGUCUGUGCCAGCAAUACUCCUCCAUCAGUUCCUACCAACUUGAAAGCAAAGUGCUGCUCGACUCUGGAAAAUUCCUCCAUCUCACAGAGCUGCUGGCCUCACUGAAAAGCCAAGGAGACCGAGUGGUAUUAUUCAGUCAGUUCACCAUGAUGUUAGACAUUGUGGAAGUGCUGCUGAAACAUCUGAAGCAUCGUUACGUCAGACUGGACGGGUCGACGCCAAUAGCCGACAGGAUCGUGUUGAUUGAUGAGUUCAACACAGACCCUGACAUCUUCGUGUUUCUGUUGUCGACGCGCGCUGGUGGCCUCGGCAUCAACCUCACCUCAGCUAAUGUUGUCAUCCUGCAUGACAUCGACUGCAAUCCCUACAAUGACAAACAAGCAGAGGACAGAUGUCACCGAGUCGGCCAGACCAGGACUGUACAGGUGAUCAAGCUGAUCAGUAAGGACAGCAUAGAGGACUGCAUCCUGGAGCUGGGCCACAAGAAACUAAAACUGGAGCAGGACAUGACCACUGCUGAAGAGGGUGGGGAGGGGACCAUACCUGAAGAUAUGGCAUCUUUGCUUAAGGCCUCACUGGGAAUGUGAUACACAAACAAAGGACACUUGAAACACAUUUUUGAUGCUGUUGCUGUGGUUCUGGGCAGACUUGAUUACGCCGACUGAACACACACUUUACGGUUUAUACUGGAGGACGACUGCAAACCACUUAAUGCCAUGAAAAAAAUGAAAUCUGCUUUGCUGUGUUUCAUGGUAGCUGUGCCUAAAACACUAUUUUUUACACGCGCACAGUUCCUCUUCCCACUUUGACUACGAGACCAGUACAUAAUGACUGAAGGAAAAUUUUGCCUUCUAAAUAUUAUGCAUUCCAAGUGUUAUGUGAAGGUUCCUAGCAGUAGAAACUUGAGUUGAAUUUGGAAUUUGACUGUUCAGAAGUAGCCUCCAGUAAUGCAACAUGUUUAGACACCACUGAACUUGUUGGAAGAAAAGUACCAUUAAAGUUGACAUGCCAUGCAGUCUUAUAUUAUGAACAUUCAGAUGAAGGUGAUGUAUGCUGGUGAGGAAAAUGGUGCAUACUGCCUGUGUUUGAUGGAUGAAUUAAUCCAGAUUCUACUGAAGUCAUUUACCUGAAGAAGGUGGAGCAUGGAGAGUGGCGUUUUUGCUUUUAUGUGCAACUUUUCAUUCCAGACUGUGUUAAAAAAAACAAAAACAUAUUUGUUCUGCCAUGCAUUUGGACUCUCUGUCACUGUUAGUGUUAAUAUGUUGAGUUUCAUCCUUGUCACAUUUUAAGUAAAUUUUCUGGGGGUUUAUUUGUUUUUAGACGCAACAAUUAGUUUGACCUUUUUUGCCCAACAAUACAUGGUUGUUUGGGUGUUGUUCACCCAUUUAAUACACAAAUAUUCUGGAUUUUUCUCAUUGGUAAAACUAGAAAAACUGAGACAAAAAUGUAAAAUGUCUCGGAAAAAGAUGGUGCUUGAAUUGGUUUGUUUGCCAUUACAUUUAAAUCCCUUGAGCCAAGUGACGAAGAAGGUGAUUUCAGAAAGCAACUGCUACAUUCAUGUACUGUAUAAGUGGCUAAAGUGUUGUAUGUGUACAAGUGUUACUGUAAAAGCUUUUCUUAAGUUGUUUGUAUGUUUUUAGGUUCCUGUUUGAACUAAAUAAUAAAUAUUGGAAUAAA